GUAUGACAUGUGCCCUUUUUGUAAUCGUAUUCAUGGGUGUUCAAAUUGAAAAACGAGCCGUCGUCUUUGGCAUGAUGGGUUCUGUACCAGGAUUUAUCUUCGGAUCUCUUGUGGUUGAUCCGUUGUUCACCGGGCCUCAAAAGAAAAUGCUAUUCGUCUCAAUAUGGUCUUCGUUUGCUGUUGCUCUUUAUUUGUUGAAUGCCGAGAAAAAACGAAAGACCUAUUAUGUGAUCCCGGAAUUCAAACCAUGGAAAGCCGUUGCUUUGUCUUGUACUGGAUUUAUAGGAGGAAUUUUCACAGCAUUCACCGGCUCAGGAGUUGACAUUUGCAUAUUUUCGAUCAUCACACUGCUUUUUCGGGUUUCUGAAAAAAUUGCAACACCGACGACAAUCGUACUAAUGGGUGAGUGA